AAAAAUCACGUGAUAUAUCGCAUGGCUCGCUGUUGCUGGAAGACAGUUGCAGUCCACCUUAACUCUCCUCAAAGUUACGCUGCAUUCUGAAAUUGAUGCUUCUCGGCUGCCAUGACAACUAGGAGAGGAAGAAGCUACUGCUAAGAUGGAGAUGUCAGCAGCCACAGGUGACCUGGAGACGUCUGGUCGCCGUCAGCGCCCCAGCACAGUGAAGAGGAGGAGGUGGGGAGGUUUGAGGCAGCAGUGGAAGCUUCUGGGCUUGUUUGAGAUCGAUCAGCAGCACGAGUUCUACAGCCUGACCUGCAUGAUGAAGGAGGGAUUGGCAGCCGCCACCCAAAGCACUAUUGACACCGCACCUACAAAUGAACUGUCAGAUGAUGAUUUUAGAUUAGAGGUCACACAGAUCCAUAAGGAUUUCACAAUGGAGACAUUUGCCGGCCCGGUGUUUGCUAGCCUGCGUGGCUCUUUAGGAAUGACAGAGCAGGAGUAUCAGCAGUCACUCUGCUCUGAAAACUGCUAUCUCCAGUUCAUCAGCAACUCCAAGAGCAAGGCUGACUUCUUCCUGACAAAUGAUAAACGCUUCUUUCUGAAGACCCAGAACAAAAGGGAAAUAAAAUUCCUUCUGGCCAACCUGAAGAUCUACAUGGAACACCUGAGGAAAUAUCCUCAUUCACUGCUUGUCAAGUUCCUAGGUGUCCACAGGAUCAAAAUCCCACACAAACGAAAGAAAUACUUCAUUGUUAUGCAAAGUGUGUUUUAUCCAGAUGAUCGAAUCAGUGCCAGAUAUGACAUUAAGGGCUGUGAGGUGAGUCGUUGGACAGAGCCCGCACCAGAAGGAAGCCAGAUUAUUGUGGUCCUCAAAGACCUCAAUUUUGAAGGGCAGUACAUCACACUGGACCGGCAGCGACCCUGGCUCCUUCGACAGGUGGAAAUUGACACACACUUCCUCCGAAGGCUCAAUGUGUUGGACUACAGCCUCCUCCUGGCCCAUCAGCCCUUACACCAUGAUGAACGCCACCAGAGUCUCUCCUUCGCUACUCUCAUCAUGAGAACCAAAAAAUCUGUGAAUCCAGGCUCCAGCCCUAUUCAUGCAGGCAUAGUUGCGGUUCCUGGGGCAGUCCCAGAAGAGGACUCCACCUUACCUUCGUCUGAUGUCGAUGGCAGCUGUCUUAAGCCGUCACAAGCAGGUGAUGCAUUCAGUGGUGACACUCUUCAAACUGGAUCGGGCUGUGACGCUGCCGAGCUCCAAGAUUUCAGGGCCCAAAACCGACGUUUACUGCCCAAUUUAAAGAAUCCUCUGCAUGUCAUCGAUGGGCCUGAGCAGCGCUACUUCAUCGGCAUCAUUGACAUUUUCACAGUUUACAGUUUUAAGAAGAGGCUGGAGCAUUUGUGGAAGAGGCUGAGACAUCCGGGCCGGUCCUUCUCCACUGUCAGUCCACAGACUUACUGCCUCAGGUUAUGUCACUGGGUACAGGACCAUACCAAGUAGACUAUGGGUGAGCAGUGGACACUUCUCAACAGCACUCACUGAGCAUGGCUAACAAACUAAAUGGACAACCAAAGUCCACAUACAUGCAGGCACAUUAAAACAAGUUUAUCUACAUCUGUUCACAUGCUUUCAUUUUGCCACCUGCUCAAACACAGGCAUGGCCUUUUUUGGCACGAUAUCUAUGUCUCGUUUGUGAGUGCGCAGUACACAUUCUGACUCACGCAAAACAAUGAGACUGGAUAUGUGCAAUCAGUAAUUUGAUUUGAGCAAACAAAAAUAUAUUCCAUACUCACUAAAAAUGAUUGGAGUGGGCUAAAUAGUGUUUUUUUUGUAAAACAGUAUGUUCUAAUCCACUGUGUAUCCAUCUUCGGAGCUUCCAUUAUAUGCUCGUUUUCAAGUUCAUACUUUUUUUUAGGGUUCUACCUUAAAAUGUUGACAUGCUUUCAUGUUCAAACAUCAGCAGAAUAAGUGCCUAACUCUUGGCCGUGGGGGCUCUGCAGAAGUCCUGACAGCUUGUUUGUAGGCUACAUUUCUACCCAACACCCAGCUUGAUGAUAUUCACCGUCUGUAGCUCCAGCUGGAUGACUGCAGCUUCCAGUUCUACCUUAGGCUGACUGGUGCCCAGUUCUCAGCUGCAGAGUGAGUGUCCGUCUGUCUCCACUGAAUGGCACAUUCCUAAUAGAUGUGUUAAAAUCAAUAAAUAGUAAUUAUAGCCUGCAUGUAGAUUAAUAAAUCCAUUUAAUCUGCUUAACCACAUCAGCAUGAACCCAAAACAAAGAGAUUUCUCUGUGAUCUGACAAUAAAUGUAAUGCAGAUAAAUGCAAUAAAUGGAUCAGAAGGACGCUGAAAUAACA